CAUUUUAUUGUCUAACAACUGUCUGGUUUCUUUAAAAAAAUUAGUGGUUCAAGCAUUUGAUAAUUUAUCACUUUUUGGGGGCAUAUUGUAUAUAAACAACGUUUUUUUGGUUUUUGGUGAAAAAAAUAUUUAUUCAUAAAUAGAAUAAAUUAAAUUGAAUAAAAAUUAAUAACAAAAAUUACUUUUAUCCGGAGUAAUGGUGUUCACCAAACUUUAUUUUUCUACGGUCUUGUUAGUUUUGGCGACAGCAGGUGCGAUAACUCUUAACAAUGGACGAUAUGAAGAUGUUUAUAUUGUUAUACAGGACAGUAUUGAGGAAAAUCUAGAACUUCUUGACAGGAUUAAGGAUGUUUUCACGGAUGCCUCGAAACUUUUGUUCACUGCAACCAAAAACCAAGUCUACUUUGGCAAGAUCAUAGUAGUUAUACCAAAGUCAUGGAGUCCACAGACGCACUACAAACAGCUACCAGCUUUGUCGUCUUUGGAAACAUACAUCAAUAUUGACACAGGGAGAAUAAGCUCACCCCACGUUAGAUCAAAGACUUAUCAAUGCGGGGAAGAAGGUUUAGCCAUGUAUAUUCAACCCUCAUUCCUACUUCAGGCUGGUCGAACGAGAUGGGGGAAACAUGCUAAUGUCAUAGUUCACGAAUGGGGUCAUCUACGUUGGGGGUUAUUCGAUGAAUAUCCAGAUAGUUUUGGCAGACUGCCAAAGUUUUAUCAGCAUGCAGGGAAAUGGAAGCCAGUGAGAUGUUCGCAUAAUAUCCAAGGCAAAAUAGGUCGAGGUGCAACAUGUAGCUCAAGACUUGCAGAGAUUUAUUGUAACGCAAAGAAUACACGCAAGAAGAUGAGGGGCACCUGCUACUUUUGUCCCUACACGGAGCAAAAUGACGAUGUAACUGUUAGUUUGAUGGGAUACCAAUUUAUUGACCAGCUCACAAUGUUUUGCGACAAGGAUGAGGAAUCAGUCAGCGAACAUCAACGUCAUAAUAGCAUAGCACCUAACGCACAAAAUAAAUUUUGUAACGGUAAAAGUGCAUGGGAGGUAAUGAGAGAGCAUGGUGAUUUUAAGAACAAUCCACAGACAUUGCCAAGUGAUACAAACACGAAUCCAGAAUUUGAAUUCGUCCAAGAAGGUGAAAUAAAUCGUGUAUUUGUUCUAGACGUUUCUGGAAGUAUGGCUAUAAAUAAAAGAAUAAGUGUCCUGAAACAAGCAGGGGAAUAUAUUAUACGUGAAAAGAUUGAACAAGGCAGUUGGUUGGGAAUUGUGACCUUUGGCGGGAUGGCUUACAUACGAAAAGACUUAAUGCAAGUCAAUUCACAGACAGAUCGGGAUAGCCUACGUAACGCCCUUCCAACAUACACGAUAAGAGGUACCUGCAUUGGGUGUGGUAUCGAUAAGGCUAUAGAGAUGCUAACAGAUGCGCUAGGUUCACCUGAAAAUGGAGAAAUAAUACUUAUAACAGAUGGGGAAAACACUAAAGGAAAUCUUUAUUUAUCUAGGCAGAAUGCCAUAAAUGCCAAGAUUAAAGUUACCACAAUUGCCGUAUCUCAGCAAGCAGACACACUUCUUUCCGACAUUGCCAUCGAAACUGGAGGAAAGCACUUCACAUAUUUGGAAUUGGACACUAUCAGCCUUGCAGCUGUAUUUGAUGCAGCCAUCUCUGGCGGAGGCUUUGUUACAAAAGCGGCAAGCCAGCCUGUAAUGAUACUAUCAGAAAAAAGUGCUUCAAUUGAGAUAAAUAGAACAUUUUCAAUAGAAACAGACUUAGGUAAGAACACAUCUGUUUCAGUGUUAACAACAGUAAAUGACAACAUAUACCUACAACUAAAUGGCCCAGCAAACUUCACUGAAACUCUGACCGUCUAUGGAAAUAGUGCAACAAUAAAAAUAGAUGGCAUUGCCAAGAUUGGCGACUACAGUUUGACAAUAACAACAACAUUUAGACAAAAUGUCGAAUACCACGUGACGACGUCUCCAACAAUAACAACCAGUGACGUUAUACGUGUUGUAUCAAGAUUAUUAAAAACUAAUAUCGACUUAUCGUCUGAAGAUUUUCCGGUAGUCUUUGCAGAUGUCACAAAGAGUAACGCCCCAGUAAUAAAUGUAACUGUAACAGCUACUGUUGAAUCAGACACAAAUCCUCCUUGUACAUUAAGUAUGUCUGACAAUGGCAUUGAGCCGGACCGAUUGAAAAAUGACGGAACAUACUCUUGUUACAUUUUACCCGGGUGCCUGGGAUCCGGACGCGUACAGAUCAAAGUGAAAGCAUCUGGUGAGAGUGGAGAAACUCUCCUUCUGUACAGUAAUACAGGUUCUGCACUUCAAGAUGAAGAUGACACAGUGAUAGAGGAAACUAUUGUUAAUUCCUUUCAACGAAAUGUUGUAACAGAGGAACUUUAUAUAUCAAACUACAUAUAUGAUGAAUCAGUAGACACUAUAGCACCUGGCAUGAUAACAGAUGUCGAAAUAAAUAAUAUCGAGACCGAAACAAAAGAAAAUGGAGAAAACAGAAACUUAACAAUCACUUGGACAGCAACAGGAGAUGAUAAAAAUCAGGGACAAGCUACGUCAUACGAAAUGAGAAUUGCAAGUGAUAUUGGUACUCUACGUGACAAUUUUGAAUCUGCGGAGCUCAUAAAUUCGACGAAUUCAACUAAUAGUAUAUUCCCACAAGUUGUUGGAACGAGAGAAGCGUUAAAACUUGUUGUAAAUGCAGAACAUUCAUAUGUAGAAACCACUUUCUUUGCUGUACGUGCUAUCGACGAUGCAGGCAAUAAGGGCCCUGUCUCAAAUAUUAUUUCUAUUAUAGUUGCGAGUGGUUUCCGUGUAUCCGGCGAACAAGGUUAUGCGAUUGAUGAAACAGAAGAUGAUUUCAUUCGAGACGAAGGAGGAGAAUCACUGACGCAAUCAACUGAUAAGCUAAAUAUCCGACACAUAAUUAUCGGGGUUUCUGUUACCUUUGGAGUGCUUCUGUGUGUGGCAAUUGUUUUCUUUAUUGUAAAAAAAUCGAAAGCACAAAAUUCGGCGGUAACAGGAAAAUUUUCAAACAUUUUGUAAUUAUUAAAAUUAUAAAUCACUUUAACUGUACUAAUUGCAUAAAAAACUGAAACAGAAGCAAUAAAAUGUUCAGGUAAAAGGCCAAUAAAUAUUUUUUUGGAAACUAUCACAAGACAACAAACAAAAGCUUUAGAAAAGUAAAAGUAUUUCUUGGACAUAAAGGCUCUUUAGUUAAGAGUAUGUGUACUACCUGUGCAUUAUAGCUAAAACGGAGGUGAAGGAUAAAUUUAAAUGACGAUAUUAAAGGGUUUGCAGUAACCAGGUUUAUAAAACAGGCCAUCUUCUAUUCAAAGUGAUUUGUCUAUCCUUAGCUAUUGUCAAUCAUACGGACACGUACAGACUUAUUCCUGCAGGUGUACCAAGUAUUUUGAAGAAAUACAUCAUAUGUUAUCUUUAAUACGCACAGAACACAUAGGUUCUUUUUUCUUUUCCUUUAGGCAAAUUCAGCAAAUGUGUUAAUAAAUUGUGUGAAUAGCUCUCUGAAAUCUAUGAUUCAAACAAAAUUUAAGACGCUUGUAGGGAUAGGAUGAUUAAAUGUCUUUUUAAGCAAAUGAAAAUGUAUAUUGAAGUAAUACCUGUUGUCUGACUAUAGAACAAAUCAAGUUAGUAACAUAAGCAUAUAUGUUCAAUAUAUCUUUUUGGUGAAUUUGAAUUACUUACCAGAAAGCUCAACGUAAGCUAUUUACUCAUCCAUGUUUGGUUGUUGCACUUUUUCAUUAUCCCUAAUGUACAGACUCAAUCAAACCUAUCAAUCUCUGCAAUUGCCAUGUAAUUUUAUUGUGAUUAAUGUUUCUGAGGAUCACACUUUACCCAGAUUUUUAACUGAGGGAAUGGACGAUAAAUUCAUUUGGGUCAUCUAUUUUGUAGCAUUUUACCUUAAUGUUUUGUUGUUGUUGUUUUUUCUAUUAAAAAUCGGUUCCGAAUUAUUAUCGUGCACAUGUAGGUUUCAAUAAAAUUCCUUGUUAUACAAGAUUUAAUAUAAUAUUAUAUCUUACUAUUGAUAUAUGACUUUGAAUAUGUAUUUUGUCAAAACAAUUUUAUAAAUCACUUAACGCUAAUAAACGGAAAAUACAUGUAAUGAAAUAGCGAUCAAUUUUCUUGAAAUUAUAAUUAUAUUUGUUCAGACCGGAUACUGAAGUGCUUAUUAAAUUAAAGUUGUAUCAUAGUUUGGAGAUCUUGCAGUUACCUUCAUUCCAGUCAUCGCACAGUCUGUCUGGGAUAAAACUAAAGCAUGCUCGUUGAUUGGCUCAUUUUUCUUUGGUUUACUUAUGACGACAGGGAAAGGUAUAACAAUUACAGUCAACAUUGUAUUA